AUGUCUCCUCUACCUCGAGACGGGAAUGACCCGGAUCAUAGCGACGCCCGCGAUGAUGACGCCCUCCUUGGGUCCGAUAACGAUAUUGAAGAAGCAUCCAAGUUAGUGCGUGGAGAGCCAGGGAUUUGGGUUUGGUUGCUAGUUGUGAGCGCCGGGAUAUCAGGGCUACUGUUUGGCUAUGAUACUGCAAUUAUAAGCUCCGCUCUUUUACAGCUCGCGAAUCCUCCAGAGUCAUCCCCGAUACCCGCCCUGACCGUGGCACAGCAGUCGCUGGUCACUUCCAUUACAUCCGUAUCUGCACUUAUAUCGUCCCUAUGUUCGGGACCAGUAUCUGAGUAUGGACGAAAGAAAGCUAUAUUUGCGGCUGCGGUAGUGUUUAUCUUAGGCGCUGUUUGGCAGAGCUGGGCUCAAUCGGUCCAGGGGCUUGUCAUCGGGAGGUUUAUAGUCGGUCUGGGAGUGGGCGCCGGGAGUGCUGUGGUUCCUAUGUACAUUACAGAACUAUCUCCCGCCCAUCUACGGUCACGGCUAAAUACUCUCAACACUGUAUUCAUUACACUUGGUCAGAUUGUGGCAUAUCUGAUUGGUUAUUGGUAUUCUCGGACACCGUUUGGAUGGCGUCCCAUGUUCCUUCUGGGUGGCGUCCCAGCUGCUGUUCAGAUAGGACUACUAUUCUUUUUGCCUGAGUCGCCCCGGUGGCUAGUUCAACACGGAUAUGUUGAAAACGCUACAUCAGUCCUUGCUCGCGUGUAUGGGAUCGACCAAGAGCAGUCAAACGUGGCUGACCGGCGAAUGCUCUCACACCUCGUGCGCAGCAUCGAGCGGGGUGUGAGGAAUGAAACCGAGCUUGCUAGCACAUCUGCCAAAUGGAAAAAUCUAUUCGGUAAAAGAAGCAACCGACGAGCUCUUCUCAUCUCCGGUGGCCUCCAGGGCUUCCAACAACUAUGCGGUUUCAAUGCUCUGAUGUAUUUCUCAAGCUUGAUAUACGCCAUGCUCGAUUUUAAGAACCCAACUUUAACAUCAUUAUCAGUCGCAGCUACGAAUUUCACUUUUACGUUAGUGUCGUUGGUAUUGAUACCCAGAGUUGGGAAACGAAGAUUGCUGUUGUAUUCGGUGCCACUGAUGGCAGUCGGCCUUUUAGUCGCGGCAUACGGAUUCAAUAACCUACCGACUCAACAAAUAUCCACGGCUCAGAAAGAGAAUUCGGCCACCGAUGCCGAACCAGCAGGCGCAUCCUCGUUUUAUGCAUAUGUCAUUUUGUUCUCGACGACAUUUUAUGUUGCAUCCUAUGCAUCAGGCAUUGGAAAUGUGCCGUGGCAGCAGGCAGAGUUCUUCCCAAUGUCAGUUCGGUCUUUGGGAACUGCCAUCGCCACAGCAUGUAAUUGGAGCAGUAAUUUCAUUAUCGGGGAGACAUUCCUAGGUUUGAUGGACAAAAUGGGGGCAGUCGCUACCUUUGUGCUUUUUGCGAUCAUUUGCGCAGCGGGGUGGGUUGGGAUAUACGUGAUAUACCCAGAUACAGAAGGCAUGAAUCUCGAAGAGAUUGAAGCAUUAUUGAGUCGUUAG